AUGUGCAUCGUCUUGCGAGGACAAGAUGGAGUGGUAGAGCAGAUCCGCCGCCAAUUGGAAGAUCUGGUUCCAGUCUGGGCAGUGCUGGACUACACCAACACGAGCGUCAUCGAGAGGGAAAUGAUGCUUGUCAAAGUCAGCAUCUUGGGACCAGAGUAUUUUGAGGAAGCUCAAUUGGCAGCUCAAGGUGCUAGCGCUGGUGCCAAUUCUGGCAGCUUGUACGCAUCCCAAUCUGCCCCAGCUCCUGAGCUCUUGGCCGAGAGGGAAAGCAGCGCUUCUGCCGGCUCGGGUCCCUCGCCUGCAGGAACGACCGGAUCGGCCGCUUCUUCAUCAGACGCAGCUUCUGCCGUAGGCUCAGCAGCCACUCACUCCCAUACCGCUCAACAUGCGCCACUCACACCCACCGAGGCGCUCAGAGUCAAGUCAGACAACAUGAGAUCCAUCAUUGCGUUGGCGGAGCAAUUCAAGGGCAGUGUGGUGGACAUCAGCUCUACCAGCGUUAUUGUGGAGGUGACUGGAAAGACGAGCAGGUGCGACGCCUUCCUCAAGCUGGUCAGGCCAUACGGCGUGCUCGAAUGCGCCAGGAGCGGUAAGUCUAGCUAGCCACCUCCACAAUUUAGCUGUGCGCGCGCAUGUAUGCUCAUUGAAUGCCCACAAAUCUCACGCAGGAACAAUGGUGCUGCCUCGCUCGCCCAUCACCUCUUCCUGGACUGGCUUGGACGAGCUGAGCGAGGAGGAACUUGCGGAAAUUGACCCCUCGCUCUUGCCUCCUGGCUAA